UGAAGAGUAGAACAGAAGACGAAAACUUAGGUUAUUGUACUGUAAACAAACUGAAAUUUGUUCGAAUUCUUUAGAAUAGAAAGCGUUUUCAAUUAAAAGUUAUAUUGGUUAAUGUUCAAGAACCUAAUUUAUUGAAAAAAUGCCGAAUUGGAACCAAAUUCAAAGUCAGUUAAGGCAUCCGGGAAAUCCAGUUGUAUUUUUCGAUGUAGCCGUAGGAACAACAGAAAUAGGCCGAAUGAUUUUUGAACUAUUCUCAGACGUAGUUCCCAAGACAAGUGAGAAUUUUCGACAGUUUUGCACUGGAGAAUUUCGGAAGGAUGGAGUGCCACUAGGGUAUAAAGGGGCCGGUUUUCAUCGCGUUAUUAAAGAUUUUAUGAUACAAGGAGGCGAUUUUGUCAAUGGCGAUGGAACCGGAGUGAUGAGUAUAUAUGGAGGAGCCACUUUUGCAGAUGAGAAUUUCUCCCUGAAACAUGAUACACCCGGCUUACUUUCAAUGGCUAAUAGUGGGAAGGACACCAAUGGUUGUCAGUUUUUUAUCACUUGUGCCAAAUGUAAUUUCUUGGACAGCAAGCAUGUAGUGUUUGGCCGUGUAAUUGAUGGGCUGUUAGUAAUGCGUAAAAUUGAGAAUGUUCCAACAGGACCAAAUAAUAAACCCAAAAUACCUGUUACAAUUGUACAAUGUGGUCAAAUGUAGUUGAUACUAUACUUAUUUUUUAAUAAUUAUUAA